AUGGGGCUCGAAUCAGCCUCUGCUCUGUACCAUCCAGACGUCGCAUCCUCAGUCUUCCCGGCUGGCCAGUUUCAGCGAGAUUCGUCCAUGGCUAUCGGCUUCUCGUUCGGACACUUAUUGGCUCAAGUAAAAAUUCGACCCAACAACCUCCUUCAUCCUACUUCAUUUGAGCCGAUGAAGGACUUGAAGCGGGACUUGAAUCCUGAGUGUGCCAAUGCAGUGUAUACUCGCAACACCUUUGCCAUUACACCAACCUGUCGCGAGCUCCCGUGGGUCACAGGUCAGAUGUGA